AUGGCGAUGUUCGACCUGGCCCGCGGCUGCUUGACAGGGCGGGGGCGCCUCGAUGCGCCGUGUCAGGUGCGUCAACAGAAGAAGUUGAUCGAUAGCGGCUCCAGGGAUUACCCGAUUUGGGCCGCCAGUGAUGCCAAGCAGGUUGCGAAGUUCACGAAGCAGAUGACGGCUCUCAUCUUCGACGACGGCAGUUGGCCCCUGGCGACCAUGGUGACGGAGAGUUUCCAGCUCGACGCGUACCGUGCAUGCUCGAGGCUGGCAGCGGCCGCUUACGAGCUCGUGGAGGUCAGGCACAGGAAGACCCCGUACAAGACGUUCAACGUGCUGAGGGACGACGGCGCCACAGAAGAGUACCUGGCCAACACCAGCGAGUGCGUCCUUGAUACCUACACGGUUUCCUGGAAGGAGUACUACAGUUCCCGCGGUGGGAUCGGCGGCAGGAUGGCGAAGGCCGAGCUUGCGGGGAUUCUCCCGCUAAUGACAACCAGCACUGCCUUCGCCGAGCGCACUCACAGCGAGAACCUGCAGCAGAGCGAGAACAGCAAGUUUUCUUGGGGCAUCGACCUGCCAUCGAUGAGCGGCCUCGCCCUUUUCAGGCAAUACUUGAAGUGGCAGACGGCUAUAUUCCGCGGGCUGCCCAAGGCCACCGCCGAGGAGAAGAAAGUGGAGGUGCGGCGGGCCCAGCGGACGAGCAGGCCGGCGCCGAUGGGGCCGUGGGUGUGGCGGGCGUUCGUGCAUAUCGAGGCGAACGGCGUGUUCGUCGACGCCGCUCUGGGGGCCGAGUUAGCUGCCAGGGGAAUGCCGACCGUGCGCGUGGUCGACGGCGAUGCCCCCAACGGAGUCGCCCUGGCCGACGGCGAGCAGGACGCGGCGUCGUCGGUCUUCGAGAGCACCAUCUUCAAGGCUGCGACCGUCAAGCUCAUGGCGCACAAGAGGGCCGCGGCUGCCACCAGGCGUUCUGACCAGGCGGCGGAGGCGGACCUGAGGACACGAUCCAACGCAGAGGCUGAUCGGCAUGCCAGGGACUGGUAUUUCAUUGGGAACGAUGCUUCUGCUGCCGACGAGCGGCCCGCUGACUUAGCCAUCCAGCGCUCCAUGUUGCCGACGGCCGUGUUCAUGCGGAGGCGCGAGUCUGUGAUGUCCGAGGUCCUGAGGGCUCUCGACACCAGCAGCGUGGAGAUGGAGUCUGCCAAGUGGAUUGCCAAGCAUGCGCAUGCGCGCGAGGUCGACUGCAAGCCUUUGGACGCACCCCGUCGGCUUCGGCGCCUUUGCUGGGAAGCCGAGAGGUGCAUCUGCCAGGGGCCUGCCCAGAUCUCCAAGACCUUCAAGCACAAGUUGACCGUCGUGUGGCGCGUGGUGGAGCACGCCGUCGGGGAGAAGCUCUUCAAGGCAACCAUGGUGGCGAACAAAUACGUGAUCAGCUUCUCGUUCAGGAAGGCCCCUGCAAUGUGUUCGCAUGCUGUCGUGGCGGGGUCUGUCUUGGAAGUGGUUCCUGCGGGCGAUGAGGUCACGCUGUUCUUCCACAUCGCGCUGCACUACGCUACCCCUUGGAGGCCGACGUUCAUUUUCAUGGAUCGUGAACCAUCCCAAGAUCGCGAAGGCUGCUUGGGCCUGUCGCCUACCAAGGAGCUCGACGGCCCCGACGCCACCUUGGGCAGGUACACCUUGUCGGAGCUGACGACGGCGUGCUUCGAGGACUCCUGGGACAAGCGGCCGUUCCAGGUGAAGUGGUACGAGCUCUUCGCAGAUGGCCGACAGGUCGCGCAGUUCAAGCCCGCGUUGCAACGAGUACGGGAUCGACCGAUCGUGGAGUGCGACCUGUGGUCUGUAAAGCCCCCGCCGCCGGAGCCUCGAAAGAGGAAGAGGGGCGGGGGGCCGCCGACGGGCCCAUCCAAGUCUGGCUGCGCGCCCAUUCGCGACGAGGACGACGAGGACGGCCGCGACCCCGAGCUGCUCGAGGAUGGCGCCGUCGAGGGUGACGUCGUGGAGUCCGAGUCUGACGGGCUUGCGCCGAUGGUGCCUGCGACGCCGAUGGGGUCCGACGAGGAGUGGGACCUCGUUGGGCCGUCCGACUGCGAGGGCGGCCCCGACGCCGCCGCCGCCAUUCCACACUUGGGGGGCGGCGACGGCGACGUCGCAGCUGAGCCACAGCCGCGCGCUGAGUCCCCUGAGCCAGUGCUGCCGCCUCCAGAGGAUGAUUGCAUCUUCCAGGGUCGAGCGCCUGCCUUGGCAAUUUUCCACACCGAGCACGGCAGCAUUCGCUUUUACAUCCGAACGUGCCGCUUCACGGCCGAGGAUGGUGAGGACGACGAGCCUUACGACGCCCCGAGGUGA